AUGCUUCCCUCAGCCGCUCUCUUCAGCAGGUCCGCAUGGAAAGGACCCUUCUUCACCGCCUUUCCCAACCUCGGAGAUGCCUUGAAGAACAACACCCCGAUCUUUACCAAGAGCCGAGCGUCUACGAUCUUGCCAUCGUUCGUCGGCCUCAGGUUCAUGGUGCACAACGGCAAGGACUAUAUCCCCGUGGCCGUCACGGACGAGAUGGUCGGACACAAGUUGGGAGAGUUUUCGCAGACAAGAAAGAGGUUCAGUUAUCGGUGA